UGGCAUAAAUGAGAAAAGGGUACAAAUCACACGAACAUGGCAAAAUUACCCUCCAAAAUGAGAAAACCCUAAAAUGUGGAAAAUCCCCCUUUACCGCUUCUCUCAUUUCUCAAACUUCGGCUCUGACUCGCUAUAAGUCUCUCCUUCCCUCCCUCUUUCUCUCUCUUCUCUGUUCCCUUCCUUCUCACAUACGGAGCUGGCUCGUUCCUUGAGGAAGAAGGAGAAGAAGAAUCAGCUAAAACUGAGCGGAAAACCGGAAAGAAGUAGGGCACAGUUUUCCCCGGCAAGGAAAUGGGUAAGUACAUGAAGAAAACCAAAUCCCCAACGGCUAUGGAGCUCUCUUACUCCUCCUCUGCCACCUCCACCGUCCGCACCCGUGCUAAAACCCUAGCCCUUCAGAGGCUUCAACAGUCUCUGUCCCCGCCCAAGACCAUUCCCGAGGUCGAUGAUUCGUCCUUAUCCUACCUCCAGCUCCGUAGCCGCCGCCUCGAGAAACCUCCUUUAUACUCCCGGAAGGACCCAGAUGAAAUUAGUGUUCCCAGGGAGGGUUUGAGGUGUAAAACCCAACCCUCUAAAGUACGAGUGAGCUCGGAGGCCAAGUCAACCGGCGGGAAGGUUGUCAGGGUGAUGGAAGGGGAUUUAUUUGGUUCUGGUGCGCCUGAGGAUUUUGGGAUUGAAGGCUCUUUUGGAGAGAACUGCUCGGAGUUCGAAGCUAGCAUGAGCACCAGGGAAAGCACACCUCGUAGCUUGAUAAGACCUUCUGAUAGCGUGGGAACCCCUGGUUCAACAACAAGGCAGGGAGCUUCCAUGGGUACUAGCAGGAGAGUUGGUAAUGACACUCUGAGGAACUUCCCUACUGUGCAAGAAAUGGAUGACUUCUUUGCCGGUCAAGAAGAGCUGCAGCAGAGACUAUUCACUGACAAGUACAACUUUGAUGUGGUGAAUGAUAUACCCCUCCCAGGGCGAUAUGAAUGGGUUCAGGUUAUUCGCUGACUUAGUGGUUUAUCAUUUGGAGGGGCAUUUAUCAACUCCUCCAAACUUCUUGGUGGCCGUGUUUUAUGUAGCAGCAGGUGUGGUGUUUUAACUAAGUUAGGUUCUGGAAAAAUUCUAUUAUGUCGCCCUUCAAUGCUCAUGUAAAGGGAAAUAGAGCAGUGGAAGGAUGUCUAAUUCAAAGAAGUGCAGCCUAACAGAGAUGACGUUGAUGAAUAACAUACUGAAAAGGGAGAUGGGUGUAGAAGGAAAGUCUUGAGGAAUGGUCGGAGAGGAGAACGAGGAAGAUAGUUAGUGUAUCAGACGGGUUUAGAACUCUUAACUUUGUAACUUGGUAGGAAACUAUUAUUAUGUAAUAGCUAGGGAUUCUCUCCUUUUGGUUAAUGAAAAGCCAGGAUUGCUUACUGCCGUCUUGCUUCCUAAUAAUUUCAGCUGGUAGUCCAUAUGUGGGAAGAACCAUUAUUGAUCUUAUUUUUGUGGAGGACAAAUCUGUGUUGUCUAGUCUUUUACUUGGCG